CUUCGUAGUCUGAUCGGAGAGCUCCAGGGCUGGAUGCAGCCAUCGGAGUACAUCCACGCGCAGAUGGAGGCCUCGUUCAACCGUAGCGGCCAUCAACACGGCUAUCAGCACCCUCCCGCCACCCAGACGCACCAUGAGAACGCCGCUGCCGCAUACAGCGGCAACCAGGUGCCAAUGGACCAUCAGCCGGGGAGUCCGAUGCCGACGAGUGUCACGCAGCCGGCUUAUCGCAUCGAUGACGCCCACUCUCCUGACAUGAGAAGACCUGCGGUCACCCAGGCCCAGGGCAGCCCAGGUCAGUUCUCGCAACAGAUGGAUGGUGAGUACGCGGCCGCCAAUGGGAGCUACUCGUCGCCGACGCAGUCCUACCCCUACGCUCCCCACCAGCACCAGCAGCAGUAUCAGCAGCAGCAGCAGACGUACCCUCAGGUGGCGCCGCAGGGCCAUGUGCUCAUCACACAGAUAUAUGACUCUCUCGUCAACCGAGGCGACCGCUCUCCCCUGGCCGGCAGCACCAACCAGGACGCCGGCUACCAACAGCACCACCAGCAGCAGCGUGAGUCGACGACGGUGUAUGGCGGCAUCGCUCAGGGCCAUCAAUCGCCUCACUACCCUUCCCAAGACCACACUCAAGCGGCCUCGUAUGGACGACACCCCGGCACGCAGCAGCACCAGCACCAGCAGCAGCCCCAGUACGAUGUCUACUCCCCUCCCGCCCAGCCCAGACACCCACAGCAGCACCCUGUGACCUAUCCCCCGCCCCCGCCUGUGGACGACCAGCACCACCGAUGGCAGCACGAUCCCAAGGCAACCGAGCCAUCCUCACCCGUGCCGCAGCAGCAGCAACAGCACCAGCACCAGCAAUAUCAGUAUCAGGGCUAUUCACCAGCGGCGGCGGCUACAGUAGGGGCCUACCAGCAGCCGAGCUCCCCUGCGCCACCGGCACACGUGCAUCCUCAGCCGACGUCAUCCGCCUAUGAGUAUGGCCACAGCCAGGGAUCGUCCGUGGCGCCGCAAUACGUUCACCAAUACGCGCAUCAGACGAGAGCAGCAGAUGGUGGUGUGCCGGCCUCCCCACAGGCGCAUGAGGGCCACCACGUGAGUCAGAUGGGCGAUGGGUACGGGAAGGUCAUGUAUCACACGGGGGACGGCCGUCUGGUGCCGGUGCCUGCUGCGGGUGGGGUGUCAGCCACACACGGGGAGAUGGAUGGUGAUCGGCAGCCAGGGGUGACGGCCGGGGCGGGCGCUGGGGUGGGGGGAGGGGCGGGGAGGGAGGUCAAACAAGUAGAGGAGCAGCGGGAUAGUGACAUCUCCUUGAUUGGGUACAUUUCAGCGGCGCCGUAUCGCCAGAAGGGAGAACAACAACACACCACCGGCACUGGUAAACAAAACGGGAAGCCGCCCGCCUCGUCGCUGUCUCUAUCUGUCUAUGUGUUGAUGUGAUGUGAUGUGUCUGACCCUCUGUGUUUGAUUCAUUCAGGUGGCGUGUCUGUUGGUCAGAUGCCGGCGAGCAGCUCAGCUGACGUCGACGGCUACAGCUAUAGCACCCGCAACCACUCCCCGGCAUACCCCCACGCCACCCCAUCAUACCCACAGCAGCCGUCCGUCACCGAGCAAGCCUACCCACCCGAACCGCAACUCCCGCCCUUCCGGCCGGACAUCCCCUCUCAACCGGUGGCGACACCGGCAGCUGCUGCUGCCACUGCUGCUGCCCCCUCCGUCAUCCCUUGCCUGUCGCAACUCGCAGCGAUACCGCCAGUGGCCGUCCCAGCCACCGCAGGUGCCGACGGGCAGCCGGCCGUGGCGGCCCUGCCGUUGAGUGUGCUGCAUCCACAGAUGGUGGGGAUGGGCGUCAACCCCCUCAUCUACUACAUGAACAUCGCCUACCAGGCGGGCGUGGCCAUUGGCUCCGGCAAGGGGGGUCCUCCGCCCCCGAGCACACUGGGCCCACGGCCACCGGCAUACACCAACGGCGAGGAAGCCGGCGACGGCGACGGCGAGGGAGAGGGAGAGGGAGAGGGCAGCCGCUCGUCGGGCAGCGGCGACGACGAUGACGCUGUCAAGGCCGAGGUCAGUGACGGAAGAGCCAGCCAACAAGGGCCGGCCCUUCAUGCAUCGCAUCAUGCCCAUUCGUCUCGUCCUUCUGUGUGCUUCUGUCUGUUUCGUGUUUGUUUCCACCAGGUGCGUCGUCGACUGCAGCAGGUCCAUCCAACCAUCCCCAGCAGCCCGUCGGUCCCAGAUGGGCCUUCGGCACCACCACCACCACCCCGUUCCAGUAGCCCUGCCGCGCCACCCGUCAGAGCCCUCCCGCGCGCGUGUGCCACGCCGAGUGACGCCAGCCGUGUGUCCAACGACCCCUUUGCCACACCCAGCAAACAUAGCAGCAUCAGCUCCCAGCGAAGCCCACCCAAGGGCCCAGCAGCAGCAGCAGCAGCCACCACGACGGCCGAGGCGGCGACGCAAAGCCAGCCCAACGGCGUCACAGGCCCACCCCAAGGCACCCCCCACACCCAACAGCAGCAGCCGGCGGCCGUAGUCAAUAAUCCGGUGGUUGACCCGGCAGUGUCGUCCCGCACGCGUACACGGAGCAGCACCGACACGGGGUCCGACAUCCGUCACGUGGCUCCUCCCAUCCCUCCACCUCAGGCACAUCCUCAUUCUCACCACCAGUCCCAGCCCCAGCCAGCGGUGGCCAGUGGAAGCUUCCCCCGCUCCAAUGACAGCGGACCCCCCUCCAAGACCACCAAGGGAGCCCGUCUGAGCGGCAGGCAUCAGGGCGAGGGCAUCCUCGAGACACCCAGAGGGGAUGACAGACGGCCCAGAUUCCGAAACGACCCACCACAAGCGCCGUCGCGCAACGAGCCGAGGGACAGACCCACUGUGCCACUGGGCCAGCGCGACGCGGCACCGACGGCAGACGCCCCAGCGACGUUCGACCCGACCAAGGGCCUCCUCCCUCUGCCGGACCCGCAGCCGCCGUCAAUGAGCAGACACCGGGGGCCACCGGAUCAGCCACAGCCACAGCCACCUCCUCCACCACCACCACGUGGGGCAGAUUGGGGCAAUACCAGCCCUCCAUUGGUGUACGAUGGCCAUCCACCGCAGAGAUAUCCCCCCAAUGUGCGUACUGGCGGUCGAGGGAGGGGGUUGCCAAUGGGGCGAGGGGAUCAGGCGCACGCUGCUGCGGGUGGUGGGUUGCCUGAGUGGGAUGGGUCUGUUGGGAGCGACUGGAGCCGCGAGAGGGAGAGGGAGAGGGAUAGGGAGAGUAGCAAGGAGCGGAAGAAGAUCGAGGCUGAUCGCCUGUUAGCCGAGAUGCGCAAGAAGAAUCGGCAGUGGGAGGAGCGAUACAAGGAGGUCAGUCAGUCGAGUCAGCCGCCUGGCAAGGGGGGCCAGUUGAUCGGCAUGUGUGUCUUUUCUCUCAUUGUGUAUGCAGGUGCAGGAGGAUGAGCGCAAGGCCAAGGAGGAGACCGCCACGGCCCGCCGGCUGGCCAAGGUUAGCUGUCUGGGCGUUCGGAACAUCCCGACAGUGGGACUCGACGAGACAGCCGUUCCGCCCUUCUCGCCCUCCAGCGCGGCACCUGCUCCCCCGCCCCCGCCACCCCCGUCGAAGCCACCGCCGCCGCCACCCACGGAACAGAUGCCCAUGGCCAAAGCAGAGAGGCGCCAAGUGGAGGCAGAUACCCACGCCAGCCCGAGGGUCCCCAUCGCCGAGGAUUCUCCAUCUGCCCAGCGAGAGCAGCUUCGCAGCGACCGUCUGAAGCAGCAGGAGCACCAGCAGCAGCAUGGCGAUGCGCCCAACCAUGAGGGCGGAUCGCAUCACCAUCAGCAGCAGCAGCCCCCGCCGCCGCCACCACCUGCUGCAGCUCAUGGUGGCGGUAGUCGGGACCAUCUCUCCCCCCAGGAUGUCGGAGAAGCUCGCCAAGCUCGCCAUGAGCAGGGUGCCAUUCCACCACCUCAUCGAGGCGGCCGGGGCGGCUUCCACAAAAGAGGCGGCGAUAUGCGAGGAAGAGGCGGCCGGCAUCGCACGGACCAGCAGCAGCAUCAGGAAUGGCAGAAGCUGCCACGGACGGAGGAGCGACAGAUGAGGGGCGACGAGCGGGGGCCGGUCCAUGCAGAGGAGAGGGGUCAGAUUGUUGGUCGAGGUAGUGGUCGGGGCCGGGGCAUUGUUGGAGAAGGGCAAGGGCGGGGUGCGAUGCAUAGCAGGGGGUCAGGGAGGGGAGGUAGUGGGGCUAGUGGGGGGAGGGGAAAGGCAGGGACCGAUGACGACUGGUGAGGGAGGGAUCGAUGGAUGGCUGUAGUCAUGCAUGAGUGCAUGAAUGGAUGGGAGAACUAGAUUGGGUGGGGGCCUUGCCUUGCCUUGUUGGUUUGCUCCUGAGUGAGGGGUAGCAUUCGUUUGUGCGGAGUGGGUGAGACCAGACGGUCGUUGCUGGCUCUGGCCGUGUAUGUGUGUAUGCGUGUAUGCGAUUGACUGACGAUGAUUGCGCGAUGGUUGC